UGCAAACUCACCAAAGCAAUGCAAUGAAAAAUGGAUCAAAGAAAGAAGCAUGUUAGGGAACCACCAUCAGUUCCUUUCUUAUGGGAAUUAAUGCCAGGCAUUCCCAAGAAAGAUUGGAAGCCAGAAGCAUCUUCUUCAGUUUGCAACCACUACUUGCCUAAAAUUCCACUCAAACUAAUUGCCUCAGUUCCCUUUGUUUGGGAAGAAAAGCCUGGAAUACCCCUUCCUAAUUUCUCACAUGUUUCAGUGGAUUAUGUGCCUCCAAAACCAAGCACAAUACUUUUUCAUGUAGCAUCAUCUUCAGGAUACUCCCUUGCUUCCAACUAUGAUUAUGAUUACAAUAACAAACAAAGCAGCCGUGACAGUCAAAGUAUAACAACUAACUUGGACCUUGAAGCAUUUAGCUUUGAUGCAGCUCCCUCUUUGCUAGCAAAUUGUCUUGUAUCAUCAGCAAAAAUUUCUAAUGCUAUUCCACUGCAUGAAAAGUCAUCAUCUGAACAUGACUGUGACCAGCUUGAAACUCCAUCUUCACCAGCUUCCUCAGAGACAGAUAGUGAUACAAGUAGCUAUGCAACAGGUAGGUCAAGCCCAACUGGUUCUGCUAUCUUGGAGUGCCUUUUUCCUUUGCGUACACCUACCAAGUCUAGCUUCCUUGAAAGGGAUGGGAACUCAACAAAGGUGUUAUCUUUAGGUGCAUUAGAACAAAAAGGGAAAGAUUUUGGGAGUGAAGAUUGUCCCAGUGACAUGGUAAGGAGGCCAGCAACACUUGGAGAGCUUAUUAUGAUGAGCAGAAGAGGAAGCUAUGUAAGAAAAGCAAAUCAAAUUGGAAAGUGGGAUCCACCAAAGAUCAUGCGGAAAACUGGAAGAAAGCAAGCUUUUGGAUGCUUCUCCAUGGUAACCAGCAGCUCUGUGAUUGAGGGGCUGCUUAAGAAAAAGUACCCGAAACUGAAACUGAUAUAGGCAGGAUGGUGAAGAAGGAAAGACCAAGUACCAAGACUUUCCUUGAUCAGCCUCUGCUAAUUUACUCUGAAGAAUGUCUUUUAAUGGGUUUCCUUUGUUGACAAUGUGCAGUGUGGAUUGUAAAAAUUGAGACAGGAAAAAGGUAAUGGCACCAAUGAUGUUUGUUUAGUGUUUGUAUAAGGUCCUCUUCUCUCAGAAUUGAUUCAGAUUUUAGAAUCAAUUCUAUAUGUACUUUCAAAUAGAUAACAACUCUUGUUCAUUUCAAA